AGCGAAUCAGAGAGUAUUGCAAGAAGCCUGUGUACCACCAGCUCGGAGUGUUUGAUUUUGUACCAGUAAUUUGCAAAUCAUGGAGUAAUCAUUGACUAUGAUUGUAGAGUACCUUUCAGUUUUAGGUGUGUCAUACGUAUAGGCUUAAUGUACUGAAAGUUGUAGCACUGUAUUGCAGCAGUUUCACAGACAAAUACGAACACAGAACAUCUAGCCUGUCGGACAAAAACAGGGAGGAAGAUAAAAACACUCCAGUGUAUCCUCCUGACUGAUGAAAGGUGACGUUAAAGAAGAGACGAGACGGUCCACUACGGAGAAAGUACAUCAUAAAGUGUCUGCUGCGUGUAAAUGAAAUAUCAGCUUUUCCAUUCAGAUUGUACCAUAUUCAAUGUGCAACCGUCGGUGUCUUUCAUUCAGGGAUGCGACGAAAAAGACGGGAAGGGUCUUUGUCAACGAUAUCAUUAAUGGAAUAAUGAAUUAGCGGAUCAAAGAAACUGUGACCAUUUCAGCAGGGCGACAGUAUCUUGUGAGAUAUUGUGUGAUAUUCGGAUUUGAAGCACAAGGAAUUCAAUUCAUCAAGAGAAGCUGCUGGUUUUGAAUAAGUUACCGCCUGCUUCUUCUUCAGCGUUGACGACAUGAAGCUGUGAUCAUUUGAAAAAAACGACAUCUUUUAUGAGAUACUGUGUCCUUCAAAGGUCAAAUCUGUAUUCAGAUAAUCAUGCGCUUGGAAUAUAUGUCGUGAUGCAUUUGCGGGUUGUUUCUGGGUGUCUUGUCUAUGGAAUAAGUUGCUGCCUGCUCGUGUUGAUCUUGACGAAAUGCUGUGCUGAUAGCCAAUGGUGACAUUUCUGCGGUUAUUUAGUGUGUGGUCAUUCAGCUCUACGAGUGAUAAUCAAGGCGACACUUUGAUGAAUAAUUCAGAGAAAGUACAUAAACUGGCAAAUUAGUGGGAUCGCGUGAUAGUUGAAUAUUCAAUUCAAAGUGUUAUCAAAGAUGGCGGUCAUCGCGGCCAUUUUGGGAUGAUCGUCACAGAAAUUGCUCAAGGCAAAGUAAGAAGGAAGUUAGCAUUUCAUCGACAAGAGUCGAAAUCGGGGAUCAUCCAAUUUCCACCACGGAUUUCGCAACACAAUGGGAAUUAGCCUUGCUCCGAACGCCACAACCAUCAAAAUGUCAACAAUGUCGUCUGCAAGUUUGCAAGAUGGCGACUCUUCCCGUUCCCGAAUGGAAUGCGUCAUAACAUUUGUGUUGACAAUCCUCAUCCUCUUUACCAACGCGCUGAUUUUGCUCAUUCUGUUUCGAUCCCACGGUUUGAAAUGUGUCAACAAGUAUUUUUUCUGUUCCAUGACCAUAUCUGAUCUCCUGAUGGGCGCUCUCGUGACGCCAUUUGCAUUCGUGUCCUCCAUCUUUGACCGCUGGGUGUUUGGGGAAUACGUCUGCCACAUAACUGCAUACGUCAUGGCAAUAUUGUUGCUCGCGUCCGUAUAUUCCAUGAUGCUAAUCAGCAUGGACCAUUAUGUCGCCAUUCGAAAACCAGACAGACACUCGGCAUUGCUGUCGCCAGUGCGAUGCGCCUGUUGGAUAAUGUUUUGUUGGAUAACUUCGCUCAGCUUCUGCUGUCCGCCACUUUUCGGGGUGGCGCGCGCGGAAUAUUACAGAGAAGGAUACAUCUGUCUCAUAGACUGGAACCUCCAAAGGGCAUAUUUCAUCACAUCAGGAAUAGUAGUGACACUCCCACCAACAGUAGGCUUAAUGUUCGCAAACUCAUACAUUUUUACCAAGCAUUACCAAGCGAAGAAAGAAGUUUUUGAAAAAUCAUCAAGUUCCGUGGCGGACUCUGCUCGCCCCAGAUACUACUCCGUUAAUUUUGUGAUAGGACUAAUCUUUUUCUUAUCAUGGGUCCCAUGGUGCAUUUUACAGCUGGACCAAAUAGUGAACUUACGCAUCGUAUCUCCAAAGGAGUUACAUUUCUAUUUUCUAUGGAUAGCGUUAGGGAAUUCGUUGUGGAAAUUUGGUGUUUAUGUGGCCAUGUGUUCGGACUUUCGUUGCGGACUUCGCUCAAUGUUCGCCAGGACUAGGGUACAGUGUACAUGCAGCAAGUGCUGACAAAAGCAAAGAUAGCGCCAUUGAUUAAGUAUAGGCUCGUUUAAUCUCCCAAAGAAGUUUUAUAUAACUUCCUUGAUUCUCCGCAGAACCCACCGAACUCUUCACUCGAGAGGCGCUGGAUAUUCACUAACAGUAUUGCGUCGAGAUGUUUUGGAUUCACAUCCAAUGUUUAUCUUUGUCACCAGUUGUCAAUUCAACAAAAUAAAGGUUAU